AUGUACCCAGAAGAGGAUUACGACGAACUCGCCCCUAACUUUUCGCCACCGAAUAAGCGACGCAAGGUGGUCCCAGUGGUCUCACGCGCGGGCAUGGAGGGCAUACUCGCAUCUUGGGGUGCCACAAAAUCACCCACAUCUGUGUCCAAGAUGAACCGGGUGAGCGGCGGUCACGAGCUUCGCGGCGCAAAGCAGCCGGUAACAUACCAAGAGUCUCCACCCACCUCGCCAGGCGAGUCCGACCGAUCGUCAAUGUAUGAUGAUGCGCCUCAGGUGGCGGAAGCUCUCUCAGAGGAUGAGCAAGAUGAGAGUGACGACGAGGACGAGCUCACCUCGGACACAAUUCAAGUUGCACCACGCGGUACCCUUGCUGCACCCCGUCCACGGGGCACUCGAGCCCUCCCAGCCAGAUCUACCAGAUCGACUGUGCGCUAUGCUCGACCAGAAAAGAAGAAGACAUUCUCGAAGAAGUCAAAGAAGCUGCUACGAUCAGACACUGGACCAGGGCGGCCGUCAAAGGUGAAGGUCGAGACAGCACGAAAUCGGGUUCGCGAUGAUAUUGCAGCCCACACAAAGCCAAAGCGUGAUGCCUUUCUUCUUACUCACGAGCAGUACUUUGCGCCACUACUGCCAGAGAACAGCUACUUGGCCAAGCUGCAUCGUGCCCGGGCUUCAGUCGCGGAUCAACACGCUGAAAGUGCACCAUACGCCGUGCUGACCAAGCAACCGGAUGGUGUCGAGGCCAACAUGAAGCCGUACCAACUCGACGGUCUCUCUUUCCUUGUCCACAUGCACGAGAACGGCAUGUCCUCAAUCCUCGGUGACGAGAUGGGCCUUGGAAAGACACUGCAGACUCUGGCGCUAUUCCAACACUUGAGUGAGAAUGAACCGACCACGGGUGAGCUUCGACCGUUUCUGGUCGUUUGUCCACUUAGUGUACUUUCGUCCUGGAUCUCCGAGGCACGGAAGUGGGUACCAGGACUGAAUGUGAUACGAUUCCAUGGCCCAGUCUCGGAGCGCGCACAGAUCAAGGCCGAUUGCAUGAUACAGAAGGCGAGAUUUGAGAAAGGGGAGCAGCCAGAUGACCGUAUCGAUAUUGUGGUCACCACGUACGACACUUUCCGAAGCGAGGACAGCUGGUUCAAGCGAUCUUUUGUCUGGCGAUACUGUGUUCUGGAUGAGGGACAUAAGAUCAAGAACGAGAAAUCCGACGUGUCCUCUUCUCUGCAAGGUCUCAGCGCCGAGUACCGCCUCUUGCUGACCGGCACCCCUCUUCAAAACAACUUGAAGGAAAUGUGGGCGCUUCUACAUUGGCUGUUUCCAGAGGUCUUCACACUUGACACCGGGGACAGAUUCCAGAAGGCAUUUGAUAUCGGCAGAGGUAGCGUAUCAACGAGCUUCAUGAAUGAAGCACGCCGACUGCUCGAGCUGAUCAUGCUUCGACGCAUGAAGAACAGCCCUGGCGUAAAUCUUGGUCUCCCUCCCAAGGAAGAGGUUCUGCUUUACGUUCCGCUCACUCCAAUGCAACGCUUCUGGUAUACCCGACUGUUGACGAAGGCCGAUUCUGGCACCCUUGACGACCUCUUCGGUGGCGCCAAGGAAAAGGAAGCACAGAUGCUGCAGCAGGAGAGCAACGACGAGGAGCUCAAAAUGCUGGAACGAGCCGGAGCUGCGGUCGACAAGACUGAGGACGUCGACACUACCGAUGUCUGGGCUGAGAGCCGUGCUAUUAUGCAAGAAGCCGUGCAGCAUGAAGAAGCUGAACAGACCACGGGUGCUUGGAAGAAGCUAAUGAACCUGGUCAUGCAGCUACGCAAAGUUUGCAGUCAUCCCUACAUGCUCAAAGGUGCCGCACCACUGGAGUAUGAGAUCGACAACCACGUGAAGAAUGCUUCCGGCAAGUUCAUCGUGUUGGACAAGCUACUGGACGAGCUCGUCAUCAAGCAAAAGAAGAAGGUCCUGAUUUUCUCGGGCUUCACAUCGAUGCUUGACCUUGUUGGUGAACUGCUAGCUCUCAAGGGUACCACUGGCUACGCACCACCGUUCCGCUAUGCUCGUCUCGAUGGACGCACGAGUCGGGCUCAGCGCAAUCUGAGCAUUCGGUUGUUCAACGACAAGUCGAGUGACUUCAAAGUCAUGCUGCUAUCGACCAGAGCUGGUGGCCUCGGCAUCAAUCUGACAUCGGCCACAGAAGCAGUCUUUCUGGACGAAGACUGGAAUCCACAAAUGACCCUUCAAGCUGAGGCUCGAGCACAUCGCAUCGGGCAAACGCAGAAGGUCACCAUAUAUAAGCUCUGCACAUCGGGUACCGUGGAAGAACAGAUGAUGGGUCGCAUACGCAAGAAGCUCUACCUCUCAGCCAAGGUCACAGAGUCUAUGCGCAAUAUUCAUUCGACUCAAAGCCUCGACAAGAAGCGCAAGGCUGAUUCGCUCGAAAACGAAAGCGAGGAAGCGCCUCACCUCGAUACUGCAUCACUCCAGUCAUUGCUACGCAGAGGUGCCCAAACGCUGGCACGCCCAGAGAUCGAUGUCACUGAGAUGCUCUCUUGGGAUUGGGAGACCACUCUUGAGAAGUGCAAAGAUCAGCCACUCGAUGCGCUGGUCGCCGACGAGAGUGGCAAUGCCAAGGUGGAUGAGCAGGAGUGGUUGAGCUCUAUCGAGAAAGUCGAGACUGCAGUGUUUGAGGGUAAGAAGCAUAUGAAAGCCAUUGAGCAGAAGAUGGAGGAAACCGCAAAUCUCAGCCGCAACGAUCGACGCCUCGGCAAGAAUACCACUGUCAUGAUCGAUGGCUUUGCAAUAUCGAAGGAGAGUCUCAACUGUGCAGACUGGGAGGCAGUGCCCACUCUCGCUGGGAAAGAUCCUCGCCUUGCCGAACCUGUUCGAGAAAAGAAGGCCAAGAUCGACCAUCAAGAUUUCUGCCAGACAUGCUGGGAUGGCGGUGAACUCCUGACCUGCCAGCGCUGUCCGCGCUCCUACCACCGAAAGUGCUUGGGUAGGGAUCCAAGAACCAAGUCCUUCGGCGGCAGCUUCAACUGCCCACAACACGAAUGUUACGACUGCGGCGCGAAGACCACAGACGCAGGCGGUCUCAUCUUCCGCUGCCGCUGGUGCGACAAGGGCUUCUGUGAGGACUGUCUGGACUUCGACAAUGCUAACCUCAUUGGCGACACACUGCCAGAGUUUGUCAUGACGGGGUUCGGCAAGGUCGAUCAGGCGUACUAUAUCGACUGCUCCGACUGCACUCAGGGGUGGCAGGAGAAUGAGCACACCAAGAACGAAGCGAUCAAGGCCAAAGCACGCUAUGAAGCGCAAUAUGCAGCUUUCUUCGGCACUGGCACUGAUGACACGACUCCUGAUACCCUUAGCGAGGUCGACACACCCAUCAACGCCACGCCACCACCAACCUCGAAGUCCUCUGCCAAGUCGUCCACGAAGAAGGCGCGUGCCAAGACCGUUGCUCCAGCCCCGCAGACAGGACGUGUCAAGGCCAUACCAGGUCCGCAAACAGCCGUUCCAAGUCCACAGACAGGACGUGUCAAAGCAGUACCCGGACCACAAACAGCAUUAGGCAAGAAGCAGCGCGUCACGUUGAACGGCCCCUCAUCCUCUGGGCUGUCCUCUGUACCAUCCGACAUCGCAUCGCCAGCACCGCCCUCCGACCAGAAGAUCCGCUUGAAGCUGAAUGGCCCUUCCUCGGCGCUGCCUUCUUCAACUCCCGAGCUUGCCUCGUCGCCGCGUUCUGCGAAGAAGCAGCGCGUCGCGUAG